GGCUCUCCAGGCGAAAGCACUGCAGGCGCCAUUAUCCUCUGUUUCUCUAGUGCACCAACCUCGAUGUCUUGCCUACUUCCCGGUUAUUUGCGGCCUAUAGGCUACUGCAGCACUAGGGUGUCAGUUGGUCCCGCCCAGAACACUUCAGUUCUGCCCUGCAAGGAUAUAUUUAAUAACUGAUUGGUGUGUCCCUUUAAUACAAGAAAAUGGAAACUGAACAGCCAGAGGAAACCUUUCCCAACACCGAAACCAAUGGCGAAUUUGGUAAGCGCCCUGCUGAAGAUAUGGAAGAGGAACAAGCUUUUAAAAGAUCUAGAAACACUGAUGAGAUGGUUGAAUUACGCAUUCUGCUUCAGAGCAAGAAUGCUGGGGCAGUGAUUGGAAAAGGAGGCAAGAAUAUUAAGGCUCUCCGUACAGACUACAAUGCCAGUGUUUCAGUCCCAGACAGCAGUGGCCCCGAGCGCAUAUUGAGUAUCAGUGCUGACAUUGAAACAAUUGGAGAAAUUCUGAAGAAAAUCAUCCCUACCUUGGAAGAGUACCAACACUAUAAAGGAAGCGACUUUGACUGCGAGUUGAGACUGUUGAUUCAUCAGAGUCUGGCAGGAGGAAUUAUUGGGGUCAAAGGUGCUAAAAUCAAAGAACUUCGAGAGAACACUCAGACAACAAUCAAGCUUUUCCAGGAAUGUUGUCCUCAAUCCACUGACAGAGUCGUUCUUAUUGGAGGAAAACCUGAUAGGGUUGUAGAGUGCAUAAAGAUCAUCCUUGAUCUUAUAUCAGAGUCUCCCAUCAAAGGACGUGCUCAGCCUUAUGAUCCCAAUUUUUACGAUGAAACCUAUGAUUAUGGUGGUUUUACAAUGAUGUUUGAUGACCGCCGUGGACGUCCUGUGGGAUUUCCCAUGCGGGGAAGAGGUGGUUUUGACAGAAUGCCUCCUGGUCGGGGUGGGCGUCCCAUGCCUCCAUCCAGAAAAGAUUAUGAUGAUAUGAGCCCUCGUCGAGGACCUCCUCCACCUCCUCCUGGACGAGGUGGCCGGGGUGGUAGCAGAGCUCGGAAUCUUCCUCUUCCUCCACCACCACCACCUAGAGGGGGAGAUCUAAUGGCCUAUGACAGAAGAGGAAGACCUGGAGACCGUUAUGAUGGCAUGGUUGGUUUCAGUGCUGAUGAAACCUGGGACUCUGCCAUAGAUACAUGGAGCCCAUCAGAGUGGCAGAUGGCUUAUGAACCACAGGGUGGCUCUGGAUAUGAUUAUUCCUACGCAGGGGGUCGUGGCUCAUAUGGUGAUCUUGGUGGACCUAUUAUUACUACACAAGUAACUAUUCCCAAAGAUCUGGCUGGAUCUAUUAUUGGCAAAGGUGGUCAGCGGAUUAAACAAAUCCGUCAUGAGUCAGGAGCGUCGAUCAAAAUUGAUGAGCCUUUAGAAGGGUCCGAAGACCGGAUCAUUACCAUUACAGGAACACAGGACCAGAUACAGAAUGCACAGUACUUGCUGCAGAACAGUGUGAAGCAGUAUUCUGGAAAGUUUUUCUAAGACUAGUGAAGAACUGAAGGAGUCCUGCAUCUUUUUUUUUUUUAUCUGCUUCUGUUUAAAAAGCCAACAUUCCUCUGCUUCAUAGGUGUUCAGCAUUUGAGGUGUAGUGAAAUCUUUGCUGUUCACCAGAUGUAAUGUUUUAGUUCCUUACAAACAGGGGUGGGGGGUGGGGGAGGGUGUGCAAAAACUAACAUUGAAAUUUUGAAACAGCAGCAGAGUGAGUGAAUUUUAAUUUUUGUUCAUCGUUGGUGGUUUAAAAAAAAAAUCCCCCCAUGUAAUUAUUGUGAACACUUUACUUUGUGAUCACUGUAACAUUUGGGGGGGUGGGACAGGGAGGAAAAGUAACAAUAGUCCAUAUGUCCCUGGCAUCUAUUCAGAGCAGUGUGCAGAAUGUAAUGCUCUUUUGUAAGAAACGUUUUAUGAUUUUUAAAAUAAAUUUAGUGAACCUA